GUUGUGCGGAGCAGCUCUCAAAAACAUCAUCAACCUGACUUACUAGUGAGAGAUAAGAAGAAGAAGCGCUUGUGAACUCCAGCAUCGCAAGAUCGCCGGGACAUCGCGGAGACGUCGCCGGGACAUCAGUCAUAUUUAUUUAUAUUUAGGGGAAUGAUGAUGAUGAUGAUGAUGGUGGUGUUGUGAGUCGCCACACCCUGCGCGCGCAGCUCUGACUCACGAGGACACACACUGUCAUCCUGCGCACAUCCAUCCGUCCUCACACACACGGAGUAGCCCAUAAGACUGCAACCAUGGGAGAAUCAGAAACGCGUCAGAGGCUGCUGCGCAACGUCAAGAAGGAGGUCAAGCAGAUCAUGGAGGAGGCCGUGACACGCAAGUUUGUGCAUGAAGACAGCAGUCACAUCAUCUCUUUCUGCGGGGUUGUGGAAGCGUGUGUUCUUCAUGGGCUGAAGCGACGGGCCGCUGGAUUCCUGCGCAGCAACAAACUGGCGGCUCUGUUUAUGAAGGUGGGCAAGAUGUUCCCUCCAGCAGAGGAUCUCUGCCGAAAGGUGCAGGAGCUGGAACAAAUCAUUGAAAACAAACAAAACCAGAGCCAGAUGAGUCAGGAGAGUGUCCGAAAGCAGCCCAGGCCGCCAAACCUGUCUCCUCUGGCCAUCAAACACCUCUGGAUCCGCACUGCGCUCACACAGAAGCUGCUGGACAAGAUCGUCCUGUACCUGGUGGAGAACAGCAGUAAGUUUUACGAAAGGGAAGCUCUUCUGCGAGAUCCCGUUGACGGCCCAAUCCUCGCAUCUCUGCUAGUGGGUCCCUGCGCACUGGAGUACACCAAAGCAAAGACAGCCAAUCACUUCUGGACGGAUCCGUCAGCUGAUGAGCUGGUGCAGAGACACCGCAUUCACAGCGGACACUGCCGGCAGGACUCGCCCACUAAACGUCCGGCUCUCAUUCAGAAGAGGCAGUCGAGCGGCAGUAUGGAUGACAGGCCUUCUCUCUGGGCUCGGGAUUACGUCGAAUCCCUUCAUCAAAACUCCAGAGCCACGCUGCUCUUCGGGAAGAACAAUGUCCUCGUGCAGCCGACAGACGACAUGGAAGCAAUCCCAGGAUACCUUUCUCUACACCAGACGGCAGAUCUCAUGACGCUGAAAUGGACGCCGAACCAGCUGAUGAACGGAAACACAGAGUUUGAUUAUGAAAAGAGUGUUUAUUGGGAUUUCGCGAUGACCAUCCGUCUAGAGGAAAUCGUUUAUCUGCACUGCCAUCAGCAAGUGGACAGUGGUGGUACUGUGGUUUUGGUCAGUCAAGACGGGAUCCAAAGGCCUCCGUUUCGGUUCCCAAAAGGAGGACACCUGCUCCAGUUCCUCACCUGUCUGGAAACAGGUCUCCUUCCUCAUGGGCAGCUGGAUCCUCCUCUGUGGUCUCAAAGAGGAAAGGGAAAAGUCUUUCCAAAACUGCGCAAAAGGAGUCCGCAUGGAUCCUGCGAGUCUUUCUCUGACAAAGAUGAAGAUGAGGCCACUGAUUAUGUGUUCCGGAUUAUAUACCCAGGCAGUCAAGAGUUCGUGGCUCCAGAACUGAUCGAGCAGGCUGUCAAUAUGUGGCAGCCGACGCCCAGGAAGUCGUCUUGUUCUUCCUGUUCGCAGAACGGCUCAUCGGACGGCGGGCUUCCCAACGGAUGCAACCAUGACAGGGCGCCGCUCAAGUUACUCUGCGAGACCAUGAAGCACCAGAUCAUUUCCCGCGCUUUCUACGGCUGGUUGGCGUAUUGCCGUCAUCUUUCCACUGUCCGCACGCACCUCUCGGCUUUGGUAAAUGCCACUAUUGUUGAGCCUGACAUCCCAUAUGAUGCCAAAGGCGGACUGUCGGCAGACGUGUGGAAGUCAUUUCUACAGGACUGCUCAGCGUACGAGGAGGAGGAGCUGCUGCGGCUGGUGUAUUACGGUGGUGUGGAGCCGUCUCUGCGGAAAGAGGUGUGGCCUUUCCUGUUAGGACACUACCACUUCACCAUGAGCCCAGAAGAACGCAAAGAGGUGGACGAGCAGAUUCGAGCGUGCUAUGAGCAGACCAUGAGCGAGUGGCUGGGAUGUGAAGCUAUCGUGCGCCAGCGGGAGAAGGAGCAGCACGCCGCCGCUCUGGCCAAAUGUGUGUCUGGUGCCAGUGUGGACCGAGGGUCACGCCAGGACUCCACCAUCAGCACGGAUUCAUCUCAGAGCAGCAACUCAGAUAAACAGAGUCACGCAGGAUCACACAGCGACUCCAACAGCAGCACUCAGGUGUUUGGCUCGGUAGAUGAAGUGGAUCCCAUCGAAUCUGAGCCCAAACCAAAAGACGAGAAGCCGCAGCCCAAAAUCCCCAACGGCGCUCUGCCGAACUGCACUAGCUCUCCAGACUCCGGACACCCAUCAUCCCGCAACUUCUCCGUGACCUCAGCGAUGUCCGACUGCUCUCCCAGCGCAGAGGAGACUUCAACACAAGAGUCAAAAGGAAAUCAGCCUGACAUAGAGGAGAAACCCAAAGAGGAGCAACCAGAAAACAGCUCGACCACUCAGGAUACAGACAAAGCUGCCAUUACUACUCAAAACGAGAGCAAACUGCAGACUUCUGAAACGUCUAGGGCUGAAACGGAUCAGAUCAAAGAUGCAAUCUCAAAAAAUCCAACCAAUCUGUCUGAACCUAAAGAAGAUGAAGUGAAUCCUGGUGCUGAAGCAGAUGCAAGAAAGUCUGAAGUAAAUAAGUGUGAAGUUCAGCCAUUAAAAGAUCCCGCUGAGGAAAGCCGAUCAUCAGAAUCAAAGCAGGCUGAAGAUGCAGAUCCGGUGUCUUUAUCAAUUGUGGAUGAAGACACAAAAUCAAACACGGAGCAAGAAAUUGGUCUAAAAGUAAAUGAGGACUCCAAAUCUCAACAAUCUGCUCCAGAAUCAACACCAGAAGAUGUGAAUAUCUCUCAAAAUCUCUCUUCUGAAUCAAAAACAGGGCAAGAAACUGGUCUAAAAGUGAAUGAAGACCCCAAAUGUCAACAAUCUACUCCAGAAUCAACAUCAGACUGCAUGAAAACCUCUCAAAGUCUCUCAUCUGAAUCAAACAUGGAGCAAAAAGCGAAUGAAGACUCCAAAUCUCAACAAUCUGCUCCAGAAUCAAAAUCAGAUGACGUGAAAACCUCUCAAAAUCUCUCAUCUGGAUCAAACACAAAGCAAGAAACAAGUUUAAAAGUGAGCGAAGACUCCAAUUGUCAACCAUCUGCUCCAGAAUCAACAUCGGAAGCCAUGAAAACCUCCCAAAAUCUUUCAUCUGAAUCAAACACGGAGCAAGAAACAGGUCUAAAAGUCAACGAAGACUCCAAAUGUCAACCAUCUGCUCCAGAAUCAACAUCGGAAGCCAUGAAAACCUCCCAAAAUCUUUCAUCUGAAUCAAACACGGAGCAAGAAACAGGUCUAAAAGUCAACGAAGACUCCAAAUGUCAACCAUCUGCUCCAGAAUCAACACCUGAACACAUGAAAACCUCCCAAAAUCUCUCAUCUGAAUCAAACACGGAGCAAGAAACAGGUCUAAAAGUCAACAAAGACUCAAAAUCUGAACAAUCUGCUCCAAAAUCAACACCUGAACACAUGAAAACCUGCCUAAAUCUCUCAUCUGAAUUAAACAUGGAGCAAGCAACAGGUCUAAAAGUCAACAAAGACUCCAAAUGUCAACCAUCUGCUCCAGAAUCAACACUAGACGACAUGAAAACCUCCCAAAAUCUUUCAUCUGGACCACAGAAUGUGCCUCAAACCGCACCACAAACCAUCAGCUGGGACUCCGAACACAACCGAGCCAGAUCAAUAAUCAAACAGAUGACAGAAUCGGAGUCUGAGAGCUGCGGGCCGCUCACAUCCCUGUCCAAACCGUCUCCGGACAUGUCCGACGACUCUCCGUCGGCUCUGGAGAUGGAGGAGAUCCCUUCAUCUGUGGUGUACAUGUCCUCUGAGAGCUCCAUGUGCAGGACGCCUCUGACUCUGGCCCGUCCUGUGGCUCCAUGCAUCGCCGCCGGGGAGAAAUCGCCCAUGGGAAUGCCUGCUCUGGAGCUCUGCAUGGAGCCAGGCGUCAACACCACCCCAGAGGGAACCGAUUCUGCGCUCUCUGAGGAGGAACCCGAGAUGGACAACUUAUUCCCCAAACCAGACUCUCUAGCGGUCACCGGAGACAAGAACGACAUCGCCUCACCAGUGUCCUCAAUCGGGACCACCUACUCGCAGGAGCUGGUGGACCUCUACACACUCAAUCUACACCGCAUCGACAAAGACGUCCAGCGAUGUGACAGAAACUACUGGUAUUUCACCCCAGCCAACCUGGAGAAACUGCGCAACAUCAUGUGCAGUUAUGUGUGGCAGCACCUCGACAUCGGAUACGUCCAGGGAAUGUGUGACUUACUAGCGCCCCUGCUGGUCAUCCUGGAUGAUGAGGCCAUGGCCUUCAGCUGCUUCACAGAGCUCAUGAAGCGCAUGAACCAGAACUUCCCUCACGGAGGAGCCAUGGACACACACUUCGCCAACAUGCGUUCCCUCAUCCAGAUCCUGGACUCGGAGCUGUUCGAGCUGAUGCAGCAGAAUGGAGACUACACACACUUCUACUUCUGCUACCGCUGGUUCCUGCUGGAUUUCAAGAGAGAAAUGGUGUAUGAUGACGUGUUCUCCGUGUGGGAGACCAUCUGGGCAGCACGUUACGCCUCGUCUGAGCAUUUCGUCCUCUUCAUCGCGCUGGCCUUGGUGGAGCUGUACCGAGACAUCAUCCUGGAGAACAACAUGGACUUCACAGACAUCAUCAAGUUCUUUAACGAAAUGGCUGAACGUCAUGAUGUCCCAAAAUUGCUGGUUAUGGCCCGGGACCUGGUGCACAAAGUCCAGAUCCUGAUCGAGAACAAGUGAAUCCUCCUCCAUUAUCAACAUGAAGAUGCUCUGUGUGUCUGUUUAUGGCCCGAACCCUCAGCCGAAGUAAAUGCCAAACCAGUGUUGUUCCUUCUGAUCUAACAUUCCCAGAUUUCAAUACUAAUAUGUAGAGUAUGAACAUUGAAAUUUGGCUGUUUUUUUAUUUUGACUAGCCAAACGACAAUAUGAUUGGAUGCCUUUAUAUAACAUUUAUUUUGUCUGGUCAGUAUUAACAUGUGGAUGGACUUAAAGGGGACCUAUUAUGUCAAC